UAGGUCAUUUGUAUCGUACUUUAUUCAAUAAUGUCAUUGUUCUAUCUUUUGUAACUAUUUCAGUCAAUUACUUAGAAACUAUAUAAUAACUAUAAAUAUAACGCUGUGAGUCAUUUAACUUUUACAUAUUUCAUUUCUUUUUCGUUUGUGUAAACAGUUUGACAGUGUUAAUUGAGGAACAAAAAUAAAAACGAUAAAUGUCAGUUAUUUUUGGAUUUUACAUUUUUCAUUUCUAUUUGGAUAUAGAUAGAUUCUUUUCCUGGGACAUACACUCCGGCAGUUUUACGUAGAAAGAACGCCUCGUUAUGAAAAUGGCUUUAGACAUUCCUAACACAUUUGGAUAUGGAAAACUUAUUAGCAAAGGAGGGAAACUUUGUGGCCCAGAAGAGCUGAAAGAGAAGGAACGUAUUGGCUUAUAUUUCUCGGCACAUUGGUGUCCUCCCUGCAGAGGUUUUACACCUAGACUAGCGGAAUACUAUCAAAUGUAUAAUAGUAAAAGCAGUCAUGGAAAGCUGGAGAUAGUGUUUGUCAGUUCUGAUCAAAAUGAAAGAGAAUUCAACGAAUAUUUUGCAGAAAUGCCUUGGAUAGCACUGAAGUUUAAGGAGCGUGAUACAAAGGUCAUGCUGGAUAAAAAGUAUGGUAUUUCAGGAAUACCAACAUUCGUCAUUCUGGAUAAUAAUGGAAAUCUUAUUACCAAAAAUGGGCGAGGGCAAGUGCUAGAAUAUCUAAAUGGUGACUAACCAUGGAAUUAAGAAUAAUUUCCGGACAAGUAUUGUGUGCAAAAUGUUAUUAUUUCCUGUUGCAAACAAAACAGGAAACUAACAAACAAUGAAUAUUACAUGUUUAUUGUAUUGUGCUAAUAAUAUACUGUACAUUGGCUUACACUUAUCUUUCAUAUUUUUGUCAAUUUCCUGUGCAAUUCAAAUUUUGAAUUUGAUAUGCCGAAGCUGACAUUCAUACGAGAAAUAUUAUAAGAACAACUGAGGUUUAAUUACAUUUUGUAUUUACUUAGAUUCAUUUACAUUUUCACUUCAUAUUAUUAUUGAUAUACUUUUUCCUGUUUUCUAUAAAAAAGAAAAAAGUGUUGAGUAUUUUAGAGCCGGACGCUACGCCUUUCUCUAUGAGUGUGUCUAACGGAACAGGUGGAAGAUUAUGUUGUAGUAAAACGCAAACGGAAUAAACUUUUCUUACAUUUAGUUUAUAAAACAUGUAUACUGUAUGAAAGGAUGAACAGCUAAACAAUUAAAAGAAAAAAUGGCAAAAAAUCAAACCAAAACAUUUUUUCAACAUUUCAAAAGCUGAACUAUGAAAAUAAUAUCAUUUUGAAAAGGUUAAACUGGAGAAUUCCCAGGCAUCCGUCUCCUGUGUAUACUGACCAAACAAAAGCAAAACUAUAAAGAAAUAUACAUGUAUAUCAAAUAUUUAAAAAAAACACCUAUAUACAACUAAAAUGCAGAAACAGUACUAAUCUAAGAAUAGUCUCAAUCAAACAAGCCUACUAUUUAUUUGCUUGGCCACGACAUCUUCCUAUAGAUCGUAAUUACAAUCACAACAGAAGACUUUUUAAUGCCGCGUGGUGGCUGCAAAAGGUCUCCGCGUUCGUAGAUUCAUCCUUGUUAUAUUUUCUUGUCCUUUGGGAUCAUAGAGUCCAUUCGAUUUUACUGUACUAGAAUUCCGCUUGAACCGAUGCUAGCUGGUGUGAGGGGUGUUGUACAUUUCAUUACAUCUCAUUUACAGACUCCAAUGACUCCAAUGCUUCCAAUGGAUCGUCUAAUAGAUUUUUGAUAAGCAUUGACAGAAAAUAUAGUAAGCCGUUCAAUCAAAUUAUACAUUAUCCAACGUGUUCGAAAUCGUCAAAGAAAUGUGACCGAGUAGCGCAUGAUAAUAAAACGAUCGGCAUACACUUUAUUUGACUUGCAUGAAGAUCAAACUAUAUUAAUAUUAACGGUGGUCAAUACAAACAUAAUUAUACCCUUAAUUAACGAAAAUAAAGCAACUGACAAUUCAUAGAAAACGUGUCAGCCUUUUUACUUUGUGAAUAUGAUACUUUUUACAUAAUUUGACACUUUCAGGUAAAAAGAAAUCUGAGUCUUUUUAGUAAUUCUUGAUUCCUGAUUAACUUAACAUAAUUUGUAUUCAUCGCAUUCAAAACGAAGUGAAAAUUUUAGUUAAAGUGAAUCGUUCAUACUUUUCAGUUAAACUUGUUUCUCUCAAAACUAAUGUGUAAGUACUGAGAAAGCAAUCAGUGUUACUAACGAACUGACAUACGAUUUUGCAAAACAUCUUAAUACAUUACCGAAGAAGGUAAACCGUUUGUAAUGCUUUUGAAAUAACUGAGGAAAUCAACAGUCUUCUUGCUUUUCUAGCAAUAUGUUAUACUAACUUUGACUUAUUUUAUGAUUUCUCAGAAUCAUUUUAUUCAAAGCUUGUUGCUGAAACUUUUCAACAUAACUGUGAGCGAGAAGCUUUAGUACACCCGAUUAAUAAUUAUGUCUCCCACCACACAGUGGUGUGGGAGACAUAUUGACUUACUCCAGUCUGUCUGUGUGUCUGUCUGUCUGUCACAAAUCUUGUCCGCACUCUAAGUCGAUCAUUUCUCAUCCGAUCUUCACCAAACUUGAACAAAAUGUGUUUGACCAUAAGACCUCGGCCAAGUUCGAUAACUAACUAAAUCGGUCUAGGCACUUCGUUAUGUCCCUUGAAUUACAGAAAAUCGGUCUUUUUACUCUUGUCCGCGCUCUAAGUGGAACAUUUCUCAUCCGAUCAUCACUAACCUUGAAAAAAAUGUGUUUGAACAUAAGUCCUUGGCCAAGUUCGAUAACUAGCCAAAUCGGCCUAGGCACUUUGGAAUUAUGGCCCUUGAAUUACCGAAAAUCAGCCAUUUUACUCUUGUCCGUGCUCUAAGUCGAAUAUUUCUCAUCUGAUCUUCACCAAACUUGUACCAAAUGCUUUUGACCAUAACUCCUCGGCCAAGUUCAUUAACUAGCCAAAUCUCACUUCAGAAUUAUGGCCCUUGAAUUACCCAAAAUCGGCCUUUUUACUCUUCAAAGGUAUAUUUGUAGUGAGUAAACAGUAUAUAAAUACUGACUUGCUAUUUAGAUGAUUAGGCAGUUGUGGGAAACAUGCGCUUUUCUCAAAAGCAGCUCUAGUUUCCAAGUGAAGUUAAAUAUUUAUUUUAAGAAGUUAAUCAUGCGCUUGGUUACGUUGUUUUAUGAACAUAAUUAUGUGAGAGUAAUUUGUAUGCACCACCAAGCACUUGCAUGCGCCUAGAUAAAAAUGAUGAAAUAAUUUACACUUAGAUUAAAACAAUACAGGCAGCUCACAAGUGACAACAUGUUAUAUUAGCAAUUGUAUUUAUAGAUUUUUCACCAAAAGCUAAUAACUUCCUGCGUUAGAAAACCAUUAAGGUUAUUUAGGAAUGUAAAAUGUAACAAAUAUUUAUUUAAAAAGACAAUAUCUAUAUAUAUUUAUAGUAUGUCAGAAUUAAUGCAUUGCAAAUGGUUAACCUCUGUUGACUUGUUGCAAGCUUGACCAUAAAUUAUUUUAAAAAGCGUAACUGAAACACACAAUCCUCUAAGUUACCCAACUUACCUGAUUUUUUGGGCUAUGAGACCAAUCUAAUCUUAGUAAUAAGCUAAUUCAACGUAUUAACAUGGAUAGGUUUCACUGAAUUGUAAAUACCUGUAAAGAAACUUCCGGGAUUUAAUAUUUUAUUUUUUAAGACACAUGUCUGUGUUUCAAGAUGAAAAUUGGACAUGAAUAUAUAAGAUUUAUUUAACUUUAUGGAUUAAACAAGGGGUCUGAACACAAAUUAAGAUUUGAAAACAACUGAUUUCAAUUUGCCGAUAAAAUAUGACAAAACAA